AUGAUUCCGGGACAUGUGCUGAUAGGAGUGGGCGAUACGGUAGAGCUCAACUGCAGUGUUUUGGGCGCACCCGUGGUAUACGUGUUGUGGAAACGCAACGGCAAACCCAUUGCCUAUAAUAAUCGCAUCAAACUAUUCAAUGAACACUCUCUGCAUAUCAGACAAGUGACCGCUCAGGACCAGGCUAUGUAUAUAAAAUAA